ACUUAAUGUAUUCAAUUCCUAACUGUGAUAGUGAAGAAUCCGUAAAUAAUGUUUUUAAUCAAAUGUUAGAUUUGAAUGGAAAUAAUAUACAAGAAAGCAAAAACAAAUCCUCGAAUUUUAGCAAGUCUCAAUCAAAAAAAAAUUCAUUAAAAAAGACACGAGAUAUAAUUACAGUUCUUUCGGAUUCAGAACCGGAAAUGACAUUGAAUAAAAAGUCUAAGAUUGAAUUAGAGUCAAGUAAUUUGCAUGAAUUAAAAAUUGAAGAACAAAGAAUACAACUUAAAGAGCGGGCUAUCACUAUUCGUGAAAAAGAAGUUGAACUGCGAAGGAAAGAAGCCGAAGUAGAGGCUUUAGAAUUAGCCAAUAAAAAGAUAAGAAAUGAAUUAGAUCAUAGUGCCUAA